CGACAGUGGCGCCACUCUACCGGCGGCCUUAUAAAGCACAGGCCGAUCGUAGCUGCCGGCAGUCAGCUGACUACUUUGUAUUGUUUGGCGCAUGCGCAGCUCGCUGAGCGUUACACUUCUGUGUAAACUACCGGAGCGGAGAUGUCUUGUAAGGGCAGCAGCUGCCGGUGCCGCGUGAAAGUGGUGGACGGCGGGUUCGCGACUCAGCUGUCGCAGCACGUGGACGAGCCAGUGGACGGAAACCCUCUGUGGAGCGCGCGCUUUCUUGCCACGCACCCUGAAGCCAUCGUGCAGACGCACCUCGACUUCCUGCGUGCUGGUGCGAAUAUCAUAAUCACAAACACAUACCAGGCAAGUGUCGACGGGUUCAUGAAGUAUCUGGGUCUCAGCGAGAAUGAGAGCAUCGAACUCAUCGAGAUGGCGGUGAAGUUAGCCAAGAAAGCGGUGGAUACCUUCAUGAGCGAGCAAAACGGUCUGGCUGAGCGCCCGCUGAUCGCGGGUUCGGUGGGCCCUUACGGCGCGUCGCUGCACGACUACUCGGAAUACAGCGGCGACUACGCGGACCGCGUGACGCGCCGGCAGCUGGCCGAGUGGCACCGCCCCCGCAUCGCGGCGCUGCUGCGCGCAGGCGCGGACCUGCUCGCCGUCGAGACCAUCCCUGCGCAGGCCGAAGCGGAGGCCGUCGCGGAUUUGCUGCGGGACUUCCCCGCCGCGCGCGCCUGGAUCGCCUUCUCCUGCAAGGACGGGGAGCGCAUCUCGCACGGGGAGCGCUUCUGCGAGGCGGCGCGCAGCUGCUGGGAGCGCAACCCGCGCCAGCUGCUGGCUGUGGGCGUCAACUGCCUCAAGCCGCGCUUCGUCGCGCCGCUGGUCGCCUCCCUCAACGAGGGCCGCGACGCCUGCCCCAUCCCCGUCGUCGCCUACCCCAACAGCGGCGAGAACUUCGACACGCAGCUGGGGGCGUGGGUGGACGUCGACAACUGCAAGCCGGUGGAGACGUACGUGCGCGACUGGCUGUCCCUGGGCGUGCGCUACGUGGGCGGCUGCUGCCGCACCACCGACCAGGACGUGAGCCGCAUCCGCGCCGAGGUGAAGAAGUGGCAGGCGGGGCGCGCCGCCACCGGCACCGCCGCCAACGGCCACGCCUGAGGCGGCCGUCCGCUGCCUCGUCUAACGUCUACUGUCUUUCGUUUACAUACCGUGCUGGAAAACGUGUUCUGUAUUUCUCAAAAUUAAAACUUUACUCUAAAAAGCA